CACCAAAGUGGACUCGCUUUCAGCCCUUUUUCUCUCAGAUUCUCUCUCCUCAAUUUGAUACAAAUAGUCCCCAUUCCAGCCCCUCUCCGAUCGCAGGCCCCCCUCCCAAUCCUCCUUUCCCACUUCGCUCCGCGUACUAAAAUAUCCGACCCCCCAAUCAUCAUUCUCGUAAUCAGCUUUCGCUUCGCUUUUCUCUGGGCCUUUUUAUCAAUCAGGUUGUCGCCCUUCCUCUUCUAUACUGACGCUUAUUUGUGGAUUUGGCUAUAGCUAGCUGUUGAUUCUUUGUCAGAUCACAAAAUCUAGGAACAAUGAUUAAGCUGUUCAAAGUGAAGGAAAAGCAGAAGGAACUUGCUGAAAAUGCAAAUGGAAAACCUCCAGUGAAGAAGCAAAGUGCUGGAGAAUUACGUCUUCACAAAGAUAUAAGUGAACUCAAUUUGCCAAAAACAUGUACAAUAGCAUUCCCCAAUGGCAAGGAUGACCUCAUGAACUUUGAAGUUACAAUUCGACCUGAUGAAGGAUAUUAUUUGGGCGGCACAUUUGUCUUCUCUUUCCAAAUUUCUCCAAUCUACCCCCAUGAAGCUCCAAAGGUCAAAUGCAAGACGAAGGUUUAUCAUCCCAAUAUCGACCUGGAAGGAAAUGUCUGCCUGAACAUCCUUCGAGAAGACUGGAAACCUGUGCUGAACAUUAACACCAUUAUCUAUGGCCUCUAUCAUCUCUUCACGGAACCUAAUCACGAAGAUCCUCUUAAUCCUGAUGCAGCUGCUGUGUUGAGGGACAACCCAAAGUUGUUUGAAUCGAAUGUGAGGAGGGCAAUGGCAGGUGGCUAUGUUGGGCAGAUGUUCUUUCCUCGCUGCGUAUAGUAUGUGAAGGCAACAUCUAGUUGAGAUGAAUUGCUGGUGCUGUCAGGUCAGAAGUCUGUACAUUUGGGGAAGAAACCACGUGUCAUUGGUAAUUCUGCAGCAUACUCCAUGGUGCGUUGGUACAGUUCUUUGGUACUCGCAAAACUGGAACUUGCAGAUGAUGUUUGUUAUGCUGUUGUAACUUCAUCUCGCUUUUUGUUUACAAAUUUAUAUUUUGUAAUGGAUAAAUGGUUGAAUUUGGAGGAAGAUGGUACCUAUAAACGUUGUUGGUGCCAUCUUUGCUGUUUUAGUCGGUUAUGUUCCCUGUUUGCGAGCUGUGUGUCAGUUUAAUAACCAGGCAGCUAAGCAUUAUUUGAUUGAAUUACA